CUUCUCUUCCACUCCCCACCCCACACUCCCCUUCUCUUCAUCUCUCUCUGUUUCUUCCCCUGUUAGGGGUCCUAUUUUCAGGUCGAUUUAUCAGACAUUUUAGGCUGAUAAAUCCCACCCACAUUGCCAUUUCCCUCUCCCAUUCCUUCAAAUGGAAAAUCCCAUCUCCGCUAUUGCUCUGUUUCUCCUACUCUUGGCUCCCUCUGUCCUAGCCGGCCAUGAUUACGGCCAAGCUCUCACCAAGAGCAUUCUCUUCUUCGAAGCUCAGAGAUCCGGCUACCUCCCCCACAACCAGCGCGUCAAUUGGCGCGCCAAUUCCGGCCUCCAAGACGGCAAGGCCAGCGGGGUGGAUCUGGUGGGAGGAUACUACGACGCCGGCGAUAAUGUGAAGUUCGGACUUCCAAUGGCGUUCACCGUGACGAUGAUGAGUUGGAGCAUUAUUGAAUAUGGAAAGCAAAUGGCCUCCAAUGGCGAACUUGGCCAUGCCCUAGAUGCCGUCAAAUGGGGCACCGAUUACCUCAUCAAAGCCCACCCUGAACCCUAUGUUCUUUAUGGAGAGGUGGGAGAUGGGAACACAGACCACUACUGCUGGCAGCGGCCGGAGGACAUGACGACGGACCGGCGGGCUUACAAGAUCGACCCGAGCAAUCCCGGGUCGGAUCUCGCCGGAGAAACCGCCGCCGCCAUGGCCGCCGCCUCCGUAGUUUUCCGCCACUACAACCCUGCCUAUGCCAAUGAGCUUCUCUCCCAUGCCCGCCAGCUGUUUGAGUUUGCAGAUAAAUACAGAGGAAAGUACGACAGCAGCAUUACUGUGGCUCAGAAGUAUUAUCGAUCUGUUAGUGGCUACAAUGAUGAGUUACUGUGGGCAGCUGCAUGGUUAUAUGAGGCAACAAACAACCAAUAUUACUUGAAUUACCUUGGAGAAAAUGGUGACUCCAUGGGAGGAACUGGUUGGAGCAUGACUGAAUUUGGUUGGGAUGUCAAGUAUGCUGGUGUCCAAACCCUUGUUGCCAAGUUCUUAUUGCAAGGAAGAGCGGCUCACCAUGCGCCGGUGUUCGAGAGGUACAAGGAAAAGGCUGAAAAUUUCUUGUGCUCUUGCAUGAAGAAAGGCACUCGCAAUGUCCAGACCACGCCGGCCGGUCUCAUCUUCCGUCAGAGAUGGAACAAUAUGCAGUUUGUUACCAGCGCUUCCUUCCUCGCCACCGUCUACUCCGACUACCUUUCUUCCUCCGGCGGUAACUUGAGAUGCGCUGCCGGCUAUGUCCAACCUUCGGAGCUUCUUCGCUUCGCAAAAUCUCAGGUGGAUUACAUUCUUGGGGAUAAUCCAAGAGCUACGAGUUACAUGGUGGGAUAUGGAAACAAUUACCCACGACAAGUCCACCACAGGGGAUCUUCCAUUGUUUCGAUCAAGGUUAAUUCUGCCUUUGUCAGCUGCAGGGGUGGCUAUGCGACGUGGUACACAAGAAAGGAAAGUGAUCCGAAUCUUCUCACCGGUGCUCUUGUGGGUGGACCUGAUGCCUAUGACAACUUUGCUGAUGAAAGGGACAAUUAUGAACAGACUGAGCCUGCUACCUAUAACAAUGCUCCAAUUCUUGGCAUUUUAGCCAGGCUCAGUGGCGGACAUAGUGGCUACAAUCAGCUCCUUCCAGUGCUUCUUCCUCCAGUUAAUCAUCCAGUCCCAUCGGCACAACCCAAGACACUUCCAUCUCCAGUGUCGUCUUCCACCCCGAUUACCAUUGAGCAAAAGAUGACGACUUCCUGGACUGCUAAAGGAAAUACUUACUAUAGAUACUCUACAAAAGUGACCAACAAGUCACCAAAAACUCUCAAAGACCUGAAACUUUCGAUAUCCCAACUUUAUGGCCCUCUCUGGGGGAUGGAGAAAUCUGGUGAAUCGUAUGUCUUCCCAUCUUGGCUUAGCUCAUUAGCUGCAGGAGAAAGCCUUGAAUUUGUCUACAUUCACACGGCUUCUCCAGCCAACAUCUCGGUUUCCAGCUACACCCUCUCCUAAAUAGGAGGAAGAAUCUUGUAAGCCAAACCAAGGUGAUACAGCAUACAAGCUUUUGCAGUUCAUGGAGUGGUGUAAGAAUUGUGCAGUUAUAGAUAGCGAAGUCCUGAACGGUCUCUUUCUCACUUUUUUUUUUUUUUUUUAAAAAGAAAGUCAAUAUUUACGCGUGAUAUGGCUUUGCUUAGGUUUUUUUCAGAUGCAAUUAGACCAAAUAAUGGUGCUGAAGUUGGGGGAAGAAAGGAGAGAAGAGAGUUUGAAAUGGUGCUCAUCCUCUUUCUCCACCCUCUUCAACACUUUAUAGACAGAAUGAACAGCUGAGAGUGUCAGAGAAGCAAACAAAGAUGGCUUCUCAAAGGAUUUGCAAGAGAGUUAUCAUUUCUUUUCUUGUAUUUUGAAGUAGCUUUGUGUAUCUUUUUAGAUGUGUGUUUUGCAACAUUUUCUUGAUUCACACUCAAAUAUAGUUUAUGAAACAUGGUGUGCUUUUGCUUA